AUGAAUGUGGAUGGUGAUUACUUUCACAACUUGAUUGCAGACACCCUGGAGGCAUCAUACUCUGGCUCUCCCUCUCAGAGCUUGUCUGAAGGUGAUCCUCUUCAGCUUGAGUGCCAGGUCUCCAGCCAGACUUUUCAACAUACUCAUCUGUCGGUCACCUGGUUUCUUCAUGGUGAAGAGGAUGAAAUCCCCCGGCCAAUCAUUACUCUGGACAAAGAUCUGACUGUAAAGCCAGGAGCUGGAUUUGAGGAUGGCUAUCGUGCUGGUCUUAUCAGCAUGGAUAAGGUGGAGGACACAACCUACAGACUGAAGAUGCCUCAAGUGCAGCAGUCAGACCAGGGGAAGUUCUUCUGCAAAGCCAUUGAGUGGAUCCAAGACCCAGACCGUUCCUGGACACAGAUUGCCCACAAAACCACCACAGCAUGCAAUGUGGAGAUCAAACGAAUCGUGGCCCCUGAUGCAGGCUCGUUCAGUGUUCAUCUGAAGGCUUCAAAGGGGCCACUACAGGAGGGAGACGAACUGGACAUCCGCUGCAGUGUGAAUGCACAGAACCUUCCUGGUCAUUUCUUCUCGGUGACUUGGCUGAAGAACCAGCAGAAAGUGGCCCAUAUUGGAUCUUCUGGGGUGCUCACUAUGUUUGACAGUUACAAAGAGCGAGAGAAUGCAGCAGAGAUGAGAGCAGUGAAAACCAGUCACACGGACUACCUGCUGACCAUCCGUUCGGCUCGGGCUGAGGACCAGGGCCAAUACCAGUGUGAAGUAUGGCAGGAAAACAUGAAUGAAGAUGGCACCUUCAAAAAAAUACAAAAACAAAUGUCCAGUCCAGAGACUGUGAGCAUCACGGCUAAAGUCAGAGGGCCUAAAGUGUCUUUGGCUGUACGCUGGAUGUUUCAGCCCCGAAAUUCAACCGUUCAAACAAAUAUUUUAUCCAUACGCCACACUGGAGAAAUCACCUGGAGAGCAGAUCAGAGAAACUAUCAGCUUUCCAUUCAAGCACAGCCGUUAGACACUCAUUUCACUCUCAUGGUGCCGAGAGCCAGCAAGCAACAAGAAGGACAGUACCAGUGUCAAGUUGAUGCCUAUCAAAAGGAUGUACAGAAAGCCAAGAUAAUCUCCAACCCGUUAGCUGUGAUUGUACAAAAACCUGUCAGCAAGAUGAGCCUGUACUCACCCACUUCUCGUCUGGAAACCACUGUCAAUACUGAUGCUAAGCUUGAAUGCUCAGUCACGAGGACAACCACAGAUACCUCUCGUUUCACGAUAACAUGGAUGUUUGGGACCCAGAUGCUGUUAACUAUGGACCUAGAUGCUGUUGUCAAGUUUGGCCCUGCAGCCGGCCUAGAGAUGGACCAGAGGAUCCGUAUGGAAAUAAGACAGAAACAGGACUUCCAGCUGACUAUCCACCAGGUCAGAACAUCUGAUAGUGGGCAAUAUCAUUGUGAGGUGGAAGAGUGGCUUCAGGAUCCUCUUGGUGACUGGUAUUCCCUAAAGAAAAUGUCUGUUUCCAAAGAGCUGGUUGUCAAAGAGAAAGCCAGUGAUUUCAAAAUGAAUAAAGCUAACACUCAGCUGAAGGUUGAAGAGGGAAAGCAGCUAAUGUUGAAAUGCUCAGUGGAGGGUAUUGGGUCUGAUUCCACUCUUCGUUACUCCCUUACCUGGAUGUUUAACCAAUAUGAGUCCUCCAGUGUGGCACUUCUGACCUAUAGCCAUGAUGGCCGUCUGAAGUACAACAGCUUUGACUCAGAGCUUGAGGGACGACUCCACUUCUCCACCCCAGAAGUGGGUGUCUUUCACUUGACUAUCCAUAGAUCCAUCCAGGAAGACAGGGGGUGCUACUACUGUCAAGUUCAACAGUACCAGCUGGACUGUAAAGGCCAAUGGUCACCUAAGGCAGGCGACAAGUCAGGUUUUACCAAUGUUACUGUUCAGCUUAUAGAGAACAAUCUGCACGUUCACAAGGAGGAACAAAGCCUGAACAUUAGCAAUCUACAAGCGGGGUUCACCAUUGACUGUGUCAUUGAAUCACGGUCCAGUGAUGCAUCUGUGUUUGAGGUGACUUGGUCCAGGGGUCAGAGAAAUGAAGGACCUGUCAUCAUCUUCAAUGCCAGCCGUGAUGGUACCUUACACAGUGCAAUCGAUGAUAAAGAUCUGGUGUUUGGACACCCAAGUGCCAUGCACUAUAAGCUGACAGUGCCAAACGUCAACCCCACUGAUACUGGCCUUUACCACUGUCAGGUUGUUGAAUGGAUUCAGACAGCUGCAAACAAGUGGAGAAAGAUAGGUGAAGACAUGUCUGGGAAGAUAUCUGUCCAUGAGGACACAGAGGAAAGGCAAAAAAAUGUCAGCUUUGCCAUGGACAAGAAUGGCAAGUAUCUUUUCAUCAAGGAAGGAGAGCAGUUUGAUAUUGAAUGCUCCCUGGAUGUAGGAAAAGAGGACCCUACUCAUCACUACAGUCUCAGAUGGGUAUUUAAUAGACCAGAGUCAACUAGCGGGAUACCAUUAUUGUCCUACUCUUAUGAUGGUCGUCUACAGUACCAUACAGAGAAUCAGGACAGGUUACGCUUCUCUAGACCUACUUCUGAUACUUUCCAUCUGGCAGUAUUGAACUCUGAUAUAGCUGAUAGUGGAAGAUACCAGUGCAGAGUUGAGCAGUACCAGCUUGAUUGUGAGGGUCAGUGGAAACCAAUGGCACGUGACCAGUCAGGCUCAACUAUAGUCACAGUUCGCAGUAUCGAAAGUAAACUGCAUGUUCAGAAGGACAACCGAACACUCAACAUUACAAAUCAUCAGGCUGGGUUCACCGUGGACUGUGUCAUUGACUCACAAUCCAGUGAUAAGUCUGUCUUUGAGGUCACCUGGUUCAAGGUUCAGGAGGAAGAAGGACCAGUCACCAUGUUCACCGCCAGGCGUGAUGGUAUCUUACACAGUGCAAUUAGCUAUAAAUAUCUGGUGUUUGGCCGACCACUUGCCACACACUAUAAACUGACUGUGCCACAGAUCAACCCCACUGAUAUGGGGCAAUACUACUGUCAGGUUGAGGAGUGGCUUCUAACUGCUAACACCUGGAAGAAAUUGGAUUCAGAUAAAUCUGGAGUGCUCUCCAUCUAUGUUCACACUGAAGGUGAUUCUGACAAACAGACAGACCCGUUGGGAACGGCACUGGGAGUCACUAUUCCUCUGAUUUGCUUUCUUGUAUUGGUCAUAAUAUUGUUGUUGAGAAGGGAUCACAAGAGGAAUUCUGAAUUGAAGAAGAAGAAAGAUUGUCUGUGGGCUGAAAAUAACCCCCUUAGUCCCAUGCCUGAGGUGACGCCUGCUGCAGGGGAUCAUUCCUAGUCUGUCUAGCACAGUAACUGUAUUAGUGCAGUAAUACACAAUUACAUAAACAAAAUGUUGUUACUGAGGGAUAUCUAUUUUAACAAAGUUAACUUACCCCUACAUUUAAGGAUAAUGCAUUUGCAUUGCUAUAAAUAAAUAAAUUAUGAGGCAAGAUAUUUAAACCAGUGGUUUUUAACUGGUUUUGUUUCAGGGCCUUGAUUUUACAUUAUACGUCAAGUGAUGACCAAACACAGAAUCCUACCAAACUAAACAAGAAUGUUUGUUUAUAUGACCAUGACAGUUUUAACAGACUUGUCUUUAUAGUUUAAGAAUCUCUUGAGUUUAGAUUCAUACUCUUAGCUAUUAAUUCACUGCAAAUAUCACACUGUGACCAUGUUUAAUCUCUUUUGAAAACAUAUUUCAUGUAUCCUAGGUUGCAUUUUACCUCGCAUAGUUUUGCUCUUGGUUUUUGAGGAUGAAAAUGUCAUGCAACCUGUCCAUGAUAAUUUCUGCUGAGUGAAAGAAAAAAAAUGUGUCAGUAGUUUGUUUGUUUGCACAGUCUUUGAAGUC